AUGGUACCGAAAAUUGUUGUUGUGCUGUUCUUCAUCAUUACGAUGUUCGUGUGUGGCUUCGAAAGUCAUCCCGUUCCAGAUCACGCCAAGAUUCGUAUCCAUGUGCCCAUCAAGCACCACACCCAUUUGCAUACCAAAACGGUCGUCAAAACGGUGCAUGUAGGCAUUCCGGUGAAGAACAUCAAGCCGCAUGAAGAAGAGCACGGUUGGGAGUACGGCAAAAAGAAGAAGGGCAGUUCCAGCUACUUGUCCUAUCUGUGA